AUGGCACAGAAGUGGCCAUUACCGCAGACUAUCCAGGCCUUCUUCCUGCUUCUUGGGAGGAAGGCGCGCCAAACUGUAUCUGGGGGUCCGAGCGGCCGUACUUCCCACAGCCAGGAUCCAAAUCCCGCCGUGAAGACGGGGGCUGGUGCAGGGGCGACGCCGAACUAUCCUCCAGCCGAGGAUUCGGACAAUGUAUCAGUCACCAACUCGGAAGUGGAGAGUACUAUGAAUCAUCGGCACCGCCGGGCCAUUUUACAAGAUCCCGGCUUUUCGGAAGAGUCGUUUAACACCUUCAACGCAGCCGAUGCAUAUAUCCGGGCUGCUCGAGAUGGGAUUAGCAGGGCCACAAAGCAACAUCUGAAAGAUGUGCAGGGAACGAAGGGGGAAGCGGAGGCCAAGCAACCGCGCGGGGCUGGCAUCUCAGAAAUACCAGAAGCAGCACAUAGAGAUCCCCUUGCUGAUGGGAGUACUCAACCUAGAUUUCAGCUAUCACCAGACAAGACCUCUCCAGACGAUCACAUUCAACAUAAGAAGGCUCAGGCAGAUGAUUCACCCUCAUUGGCUGCUAAGCAAGUGGAAAUACAUGUCCGUAAUAAGGCCAACAAUACCUUCGAGGGCUCUGCUGCUGAUGAGAUUAUGGAGCCUCAAAUGGCUGACCAUUUUCCUUUCAUGGAAAAACAUGAUCUAGAUGAAGCAACUGAUGCAUCAAAUGAACUAGCAAAUGAUCCCCCAAUUCAGCUACUAGGACGAAUUACAACAGUGAAGGAAUUACUUGCAACCGGGCUUUUUCAAAAUGAAGAGAUCAUAUAUACUCAGAAGUCUGGAGAAAGGAAAAAAUUGGAAGGGAGAAUUGAUGGUUUAUUUUACCGUUGCUCUUGUCACAAUGAGGUCAUGUCCGCGUCAAAGUUUGAGAAACAUGCGGGCUGUACCUCUCAUAACCAAAACGAUCGUAUCAUGUUGUGGGGUGAGCAAUCGCUGCAUGCCAUCGUUGCCUAUCUCAAAUCUCUUGGUUCAGCUGAAGAACAACUUGCAGCAAUAUUGGAAUUGAAGAAAAAGAAUGAAGACAGGAAGGAAUUUUGGGAUGUUACACCACCGGAGCACGCCGCCGCCGCGAUGCACUCUUGCCGCAUCAGGUCGCCGGCCACUGCGCCCGUCCCCAUCUCCUUCCUCCUCCUCUGA